AUGAGCUUCCAAAGCAGCUACUAUGGAGGCCUGGGCUAUGGCCAUGGAGGUGUCAAUGGACAGGGAUAUAGCCAAGGAGUUGUCAGUGGCUAUGGCUACAACCAGAGAGGCUUCAAUGGUCUGGGCUAUGGCUAUGGCUAUGGAGGUGGUAGCUUCCAUAGACUGGGCAAUGGUUAUGGCUUUGGAAGCUCUGGCUCUGGCUCUGGCUCUGGAAACAGCAGAUAUGGUUACUACAAUCCCUCAUCGUUUAGGAGACAUGGCUUCUCCAGCUUCUACUGA